AUGCCUGCCAAACCAAUUCUUCAUCCGUUGCGGACGCCCAAGAACAUGACGUUCCCUUCGGAACUACAACCAGACAAUGGAGUGAGGUUAGGCGCUCCAGGAAAGCAACAAGAUGAGAGUCUCUCAACACCUAUAACACCUCCCGCUGCAUACACCGAAUUCCUCAAAUCAUUCACGCCGGUCUUUACCCCGGAUGGCAACGGAGGUACCGUCACCCGCUUCGUCUGGGACAAGGCCAACAAGACCCCCACAUCCCAACCAGCCAGCGCAGUCAGUGGUUCAUUCAGCUUCCCCGAACCAACCAGACCAGCUACAGCAACAUUACCCCCUCCGUCACCCUAUGGAAGUGCACCGCACGGUCGUGACAUGAUGAGUCUGCGUCGCUUGCGCAUCCCGCCGCCAAUGCGGUAUUCCCCUACGCUGGAGACGCCGCGCAGUGCAACGACGCCCGUCCUAUCACCGUACUCUUACUCGUACUCCCCGGCCGAUUGGAAGAUGCGCUACUGGGAUGGCCCCCGGAGUGCAACGGUGGGGAGAGUCAGCGUGCGUCAUGUUGUCACUCACACGGUGACGUAUAAGCGGACGCAACUUGAGGAUCCGCCCAAGGGGAAGCGGAGAAAGCAUAACGAGACCAAGCAGGAGGAGGAAGAAGAAGAUUCCUAA